GGCCGCAGCGCAGUACAGUUCAGCGGCGUCCGCAGGCGCCGAGCACCUGUGAGUUCGCGGAAGUCCUGCCAGAAGCUAGCCCUGCCCAGCGCCGGCUGCCCGUUCCCGACCCCCUCCCGCCCGCCAUGGGGCCUCCGUUUCGAGGCCUCUCCGCCCUCCUCCUGUUGCUGCAGGUCUCGUCGCGGCUCUGCCAGGAGCCGGAGCCUUGCAGUCCCGGCUUUGGCUCGGAGACCUACACGUUCACCGUGCCCCGGCGGCACUUGGAGAGGGGCCGAGUCCUGGGCAGAGUCCAGAUCCACCCAGUUCUGUCUCCUCCUGAUCACACCUCUUUCUCCGUCCCAGGCAGUGGAAUACUCAUGAGUUUCGAAGGAUGCACUGGUCAACCAAGGACAGCCUAUUUUUCUGAUGAUUCCCGGUUCCAAGUGGGCCCAGAUGGUGUGGUUACGGUUAAACGGCCUGUGCAACUUCAUAAUCCAGAGAUGAGUUUCCUUGUCAAUGCCUGGGACUCCAGCCACAGGAAGCUGUCCACCAAAAUUAUACUGAAGGCCGCAGCCCACCACCGCCACCCACACCGCCACCACCAUCACGACCCUCCCUCUGGAACCCAGAUGGAAGUGCUCACAUUUCCCAACCCCCACCAGGGUCUCAGACGACAGAAGAGAGACUGGGUUAUUCCUCCCAUCAGCUGCCCAGAAAAUGAGAAAGGCCCAUUUCCUAAAAAUCUGGUUCAGAUCAAAUCUAACAGGGAUAAAGAAGUCAACGUUUUCUACAGCAUCACAGGCCAAGGAGCCGACAAACCCCCUGUUGGUGUGUUUGUUAUUGAAAAAGAAUCAGGAUGGCUGAAAGUGACGGAGCCUCUGGAUAGAGAAGAAAUUGCCAAGUACAUUCUCUACUCGCAUGCUGUGUCUUCAAACGGGGAAGCAAUCGAGGACCCAAUGGAGAUUGUGAUCACAGUGACAGAUCAGAAUGACAACAAGCCCGAGUUCACCCAGCCGGUCUUUGAAGGGUCUGUCAUGGAAGGUGCUCUCCCAGGAACAUCUGUGAUGCAGGUCACGGCCACAGACAAGGACGAUGACGUGAACACCUACAACGCUGCCAUCGCUUACACCAUCAUCAGCCAAGACCCCGAGCUGCCUCACAACAAAAUGUUCACCAUCAACAGGGACACAGGAGUCAUCAGCGUGGUCACGGCCGGGCUGGACCGGGAGAGCUAUCCCACCUACACCCUGGUGGUUCAAGCUGCUGACCUUCAAGGUGAAGGCUUAAGCACGACCGCUGUAGCCGUGAUCACAGUCACUGACAUCAACGAUAACGCCCCCUUCUUCAAACCAACCACGUACGAGGGGACCGUGCUUGAGAAUGAGGCUGACGUUGUCAUCACCAGACUCAAAGUGACUGAUGCCGAUGUCCCCAAUACCCCAGCUUGGGAGGCUGUGUACAGCAUACUGAAUGACAACGAGGGACAAUUUGCCGUCACCACAGACCCAGUAACCAACGAAGGCAUUUUGAAAACAGCUAAGGGCUUGGAUUUUGAGGCCAAGCAGCAGUAUACUCUGUAUGUGGCAGUAGAGAACGUGGCUCCCUUUGAGGUCAUUCUCUCCACCUCCACGGCCACUGUCACUGUGGAUGUGGUUGAUGUGAAUGAAGCUCCCAUCUUCGUGCCGCCUCAGAAGAGGGUCGAAGUGCCCGAAGACUUUGGUGUGGGCCUGGAAAUCACGUCCUACACUGCUCAGGAACCUGACAGGUUUAUGGAACAGAAGAUAACGUAUCGGAUCUGGAGGGACACAGCCAACUGGCUGGAGAUUAAUCCAGACACUGGUGCCAUUUCCACUCGGGCUGAGUUGGACAGAGAGGACUCUAAGCACGUGAAGAACAGCACAUACACAGCCCUCAUUAUAGCCACCGACAAUGGUUCUCCACUUGCUACUGGAACCGGAACCCUUCUCCUCUUCCUCUCUGAUGUGAAUGACAACGGUCCUGUACCAGAACCUCGAAAAAUGGACUUCUGCCAGAGGAACCCACAGCCUCAUAUCAUCGACAUCAUCGAUCCAGAUCUCCCCCCCAACACAUCUCCCUUCACAGCAGAACUAACACAUGGGGCAAGUGCCAACUGGACCAUUGACUACAAUGACCCAGGUCAUGAAUCUCUGAUUUUCAAGCCAAAGAAAAGCUUAGAGUUGGGUGACUACAAAAUAAAUCUCAAGCUCACAGACAACCAGAACAAGGACCAGGUGACCACACUGGACGUGUUAGUGUGUGACUGUGAAGGGGUCGUCAACAACUGUAAGAGGACUGGGCUGUACACCGAAGCGGGACUGCAGGUUCCUGCCAUCCUGGGGAUUCUCGGAGGAAUCCUUGCUUUGCUAAUCCUGAUUCUACUGCUGCUUCUGUUUGUUCGGAGGAGAAGGGUCGUCAAAGAGCCCUUACUGCCCCCAGAAGAUGACACCCGGGACAAUGUUUAUUACUAUGAUGAAGAAGGAGGUGGAGAAGAAGACCAGGACUUUGACUUGAGCCAGUUGCAUAGGGGCCUAGAUGCACGGCCAGAAGUGAUUCGAAAUGAUGUGGCUCCAACCCUCCUGACUGUGCCCCAAUAUCGGCCCCGCCCUGCCAAUCCUGAUGAAAUCGGAAACUUUAUUGAUGAAAAUCUGAAGGCAGCCGAUAGUGACCCCACUGCCCCCCCUUAUGAUUCUCUGCUCGUGUUUGACUACGAAGGAAGCGGUUCUGAAGCUGCUACUCUGAGCUCCCUGAACUCCUCAGAGUCGGACCAAGACCAGAACUAUGACUACCUGAAUGAAUGGGGCAAUCGCUUCAAGAAGCUGGCAGACAUGUACGGAGGUGGCGAGGAUGACUAGGGGACUCAGACCGAUGGGGAAAGAGACGGGUCCUGUACUCCUGUGAUGGGAGAUAAAGGAGUAAUGUUUCUCGUGGCUUUUCAGCUACCUUCCCUUGGAGUGAGUUUCUGGGGAAGAACAACUGUGAUGGGCAAUGCAGUUGGAUAAUUAGGAUUUUCCACUUUGUAGAUCUAACCUACAUGUUAGAAAGAUUUUUAUUUCUUGAAACUUUUUUUCUCCAUCACUCUUUACAUAGUGAUCAUGUCCAAAAGACCCUCCAAUUAGAAUAUUUCAAAAGAACUGCUUUUGGCCUCAGAAGAUUCUGCUAGCAACUUGUGGAUUUUCUAAAGGGCUUUGCCUCAUUUUUAAAAGGAAGGGGAGGGGUCAGCUGCCUUAUUGUUUUGUAUGUAUUUUAAAAAUUAUUUUCAUGUAUUUUUUGGUCCUAUUACUGCUCUGAUGUCCCAUAUCCACUUUUACUCCUUUUGAAUUUACACAGUCCAGACAGGAGUUCUCUAAUGCAGAAAUUAUUGGGCCCUUUUAGGGUAAUAGGCUUGUGUCUUAGUCUGACUGUAUCUUGACUGGCUAUAGUGAACUCUUUAGACCUCUAAUGGUUUUCCUUUUUCAUCUCCUGGGUACAUCACUUCACAUCCAUCCAUUUACUUGUUCCAGGUAAGAAUGUUUAUUAUAUGAAUGUCAUUAGUGGGUACCUUGAUUCUAAAGAAGGUGACCAGAAAAGGUGGUUAGUUUUUAGGUGCACUCAACUUUUAAUAUUUAUCACUAAAACAAGAAAGUGAUAGAUUCCCAGACUCAGGAUAGUGCUACAGCCAAAGACAGGUGCCUUGUCACAGCAGAAGGGAAACAUGGCAAGUAGGCUUGGAGAUGGCAGGAGAGAUUGUCACUGAGCCUGGCAAUUUAGCAAACUGAGGCUGAGGAUGGAUUGAGGUGGCUCUACCUUUAGCCCUGAAAUUUCUGGAAGAAUGGAGGAAUCUCAACAUGUAUUUCCUACCAGAAUCCUUAUACAAGUUUUACCUGAAGCCCAGGAUCCCCAAGUGCCUGCUUUUGUUGAUGUCUACAGAAAAUGCUGGCUGCUCUGGACACAUCUGCCCAAGUGUGUAUAGAAAACUGAAAAUAUUAGAAAAUCUUUUUUCUUAGGAACAGGAAGAAAACAGUGUUAGGAAGGGGGUAGGGGAAGGUAGGGACAAUCUUGGUUUGGGUCUUCCUUUAGUUGAAAUGUGACCUUCAGGAAACUUUUGACAACCACAGAAAAGAAUUUCUAAAUUGCUCUGUCUGUCAACUAUUUUUCAAGAAAAAAAAAUCAUCCCUGCAAUCACUUCUUGGAAUUGUCUUGAUUUUUCAGCAAUUUAAACCCUUAUCUACUGUAAUUCUAUAUAGAGAGCAUCACUAUAGUUUCGAGUAUGUAUGUGUGCGGGUGCUGAUAAUUUUGUAUUUUCUUCUGGGGUGGAAAAGGAAAAGAAUUCGAGCUGAGAAAAAUUAUCCUUAAAUAUUCAUUUUUAUAAAUUUUAUUAAAUAAUUUUGUUAAGCCAUU